AGAACGCACCAAACGCCCCCCGCCGGUCCUCCGAUUUCCAUGCCAUUUCUCACUCUCCAUCUAUAUAAACGUUGCUGAAACCCCGCAGUUUCAGAUCCCACAAUUUCAGUAAGCCGAUGCAUCAGAGGGGGAGAGUGAACAACCGCAUAUCCAGGACCUUCUCCAGAUCUCGCCUAGCAAUCCAGGGCCGUUAGCGCUUUCUUCUCGCCAUAUACACCAAUCGAUCGCGCAUCCGUUUUCUCUGUAAUCUGCGGGAUUCGUCUCCGGUUCGUGAAAUUCUCAAUCUCUGAUCUGUAACCAUGGCUGCCGUUCCUCAAGGAGAUGAGCGCGAGAUCCAGAAGAAGUACUGGCUGGAGCACUCCUCUGGUCUCACUGUGGAGGCCAUGAUGCUCGACUCUAAGGCUGCGGAUCUCGACAAAGAAGAGAGACCUGAGGUUCUUUCUCUUCUUCCGCCAUAUGAAGGAAAAUCAGUGUUGGAGCUAGGUGCUGGUAUUGGGCGUUUCACUGGUGAAUUAGCCCAAAAAGCAGGGAAACUUAUUGCAUUGGACUUCAUUGAAAGUGCAAUCAAGAAGAAUGAAGCCACCAACGGGCACCAUAAAAAUGUCAAGUUUAUGUGUGCUGAUGUGACCUCUCCUGAGCUGAACUUUGCUGAAGAGUCUCUAGAUCUAAUAUUCUCAAACUGGUUACUGAUGUAUCUUUCUGACAAUGAGGUUGUGAAUCUAGUUGAGAGAAUGGUCAAAUGGUUGAGAGUUGGUGGGUACAUAUAUUUCAGAGAAUCAUGCUUCCAUCAAUCUGGAGAUCACAAGAGAAAGAACAAUCCAACUCAUUAUCGAGAACCUAGAUAUUAUACUAAGGUUUUCAAAGAAUGCCAUUCGAAUGCUGCCAAAGGAAAAUCUUUCGAACUUUCCCUUGUAGGAUGCAAAUGUAUUGGAGCUUAUGUACGGAACAAGAAGAAUCAAAAUCAGAUUUGCUGGACAUGGCAGAAAGUCAGUUCAGAAGAUGACAGGGGAUUUCAGAAGUUCUUGGACAAUGUCCAAUAUAAGUGCAGUGGAAUUUUACGAUAUGAACGUGUUUUUGGAGAAGGCUUUGUGAGCACCGGAGGGCUUGGCACGACUAAAGAAUUUGUCGCCAAAUUGAAUCUCCAGCCUGGCCAAAAAGUCCUAGAUGUUGGAUGUGGCAUUGGUGGAGGUGACUUCUACAUGGCUGAGAACUAUGAUGUUCAUGUUGUUGGCAUUGACCUCUCUAUCAACAUGAUCUCUUUCGCUCUUGAGCGUGCUAUUGGUCUCAAAUGUGCUGUUGAAUUUGAGGUUGCUGAUUGCACCAAGAAAGCAUACCCUGAUGGCACGUUUGAUGUGAUUUACAGCCGUGACACCAUUCUUCACAUUCAUGACAAACCUGCCCUUUUCAAGUCUUUUUAUAGGUGGCUGAAGCCAGGGGGGAUAGUUCUCAUUAGCGAUUACUGCAAAAGAGCUGGAACUCCAUCAGAACAAUUUACUGAAUAUAUUAAGCAAAGAGGAUAUGAUUUACAUGAUGUGGAAGCAUAUGGCCAGAUGCUCAGAGAUGCAGGGUUUAAUGAUGUCAUUGCUGAGGAUCGAACUGAUCAGUUCAUCAAUGUACUUCAGGAGGAGUUGAGAUCUGUGGAGAAGGGAAAGGAAGAAUUCAUGGAAGAGUUCUCUGAAGAGGACUACAAUGAAAUAGUCGGAGGGUGGAAGGCGAAGCUGGUCAGGAGUUCAUCCGGCGAGCAGAGGUGGGGCCUGUUUGUUGCCCGGAAGUGAUGUCAUCAGUGAAAAAACAUUGCAUCAUAUGGUCAGUUCGUGUUUGUUUUUUUUUAAUUAUUUAUUUUUCCUUGCUCAUCACAAUGAUGCAAUAGCUUCAUUAGUUGUUUGACCGCAAUAAGAAUACGGAGUACACAAUUUAUUGUUAUAUGCAUUGUUUGAAAAGAUGGAAUGUUACAAUAAUAAGCAAUGUGAUUCUUUUGUUGAAUGUUGUGUUUUUCACCAUUGCGUUUGGUCUCUGCCUUUUGGCCUUCUUUAGGUCGAUGUGGAGGCUGCAUUUGAUGCAUUGAUACUAGCAUAUUCUCAUCUCAUUUUUUUUGUAAUUAUUUGUAUUUUGGAAUGCCUUGUCUCUCGUAAAAUACUUCCCUUAUUAAAAAAUGACUCCUUUC